GGAAAAGGAGCAAGCAGAGUUAGAAGCCGGACAAAAGAACUUAUAGACCCCUUAUAUACAUAUUUUCCUAAUGUUUUAGAGAGCGUGGUGUGGUGAAAAACAAUUGCGGUGAGUGCGGAUGGACUUGUCAGUGUAGUUAUGGAACCCCCUUUAAGCAAGAGGAAUCCGGCGAUAAGAUUAGCGGAUUUGGCAGCGACUCAACCCCUUCCUCAUCAGAAUAUGACAGGCUUCCCGGGGCUAGGGGGGCAUCACCCUCUCUCCCACCAUGCCCACCUCCACCCUGGGGAGCUGGGCAACGACCCCGGAGUGGCACUCACUCCAUUUGGACCAGAGCACAUGGCACAGACAAAUGCUCUCAAACUUAGCCCAUCUCAGCACAUUCAGAGCCAUCACGAAGCCCAGACCGCGGCAUCUUUCACUUCUGCUCAGACCACAGUUGGUUUCCCCGUGGCUCACCCCCACUCAGGCUACUCAAGCAGCAGGGACUUCAUCCUCAGGAGAGAACUCUCAGCCUCUGCUAUGCAUGCACUUGGCGACCAGCAUAGUUCCGCCUCCUCCCCUCAUCACCAUGGCAUGUUCAUCUCCCCAACAGGUGCUUAUGGGCACACGGAAAGUGGGGCCCAUUCACUUUUCACUGGACUUCACGACCAGGCGUCCCCAGGUGCCCACCACCAUGCCCUCAACGGGCAGAUGCGCCUGGGUAUACCGGGGGACAUCUACGGCAGGCCAGAGCACUUCGGGCACAGGCCGGAGCACUAUGGACCCUCUUCUCUCCACAGCUACAACUCCAUGAACCUCAAUGUGAACAUCGCUUCUGCUCCUCACGGAGCGGCGGGGGCGUUUUUAAGAUACAUGCGGCAGCCCAUAAAGCAAGAGCUAAUCUGCAAAUGGAUUGACCAGGAGCAAAGUCAAAAAAAGCCCUGCUCGAAAACUUACAGCACCAUGCACGAGCUGGUCAACCACGUCACGGUGGAGCAUGUCGGGGGACCGGAGCAGAGCUCCCACGUCUGUUUUUGGGAGGAAUGUCCACGGGAAGGAAAGGCUUUCAAAGCGAAGUACAAACUGAUAAAUCACAUCCGAGUUCAUACGGGAGAAAAGCCCUUCCCGUGUCCGUUCCCGGGUUGUGGAAAAGUGUUCGCUCGAUCGGAGAAUUUAAAGAUUCACAAGAGGACUCACACAGGAGAGAAACCUUUCAAGUGCGAGUUCGACGGCUGCGACCGAAAAUUCGCCAACAGCAGCGACCGGAAGAAGCACUCCCACGUGCACACCAGCGACAAGCCUUACUACUGCAAAGUGCGCGGCUGUGACAAAUCCUACACGCACCCGAGCUCGCUGCGCAAGCACAUGAAAGUGCACUGCAAGUCUCCGCCGCCCCCUUCCACCAACGUCACCUACAUUUCCUCCACAAACCCCCUCGGGGACCCCCUGUCUCCCAAUUCGGAGCCGCACAGGAACCGCUCCUCAGCCAACCUCUCCCCUCAGGUCACCAACCUCAACGAGUGGUACGUGUGCCAGGGGAGCGGGGGCCCCAACCACCUCCACACCCCCUCCAGCGAUGUGCCAACGUCGGAUUCAGACGACGAGGACUCUUUCAGAAAUUCAGAUCCGAGGACGAUGCUCUGAUGCUCCCGUUUACAAACCACGUGACUGUCAAAAUUUGCAGUUGACCCUUAAAGUGUAAAAUCUGACAAGUUAAUCUUACUAAAAAUAAUCUUGGAAACCGACUACUUUGAAAAAGGAAAGUAAAUGUUUACUUCAUAUCCAAUUGUUGAGUUUACUCAAAAUUUAGUUAUAUUUACUUAAUUUUGUGAAGUUGUUGCAACUUAACAAUGCCCUAGUGGAAUUAUAUUGUUCUUUUGGAAGUUUUAGCAAAGUCGAUAAACCAAGUUAGCCUGACUUAACUUGAUCAUGACGGAGAGGAUUUUGCCACUGAUGACGUUAAAUCUGCAAGUUCUGUUUUGUUAACAUGUUUAAGAAUAUACAAAUAUGAUUGACUAGUUUGCAACCAGCAGAAUACAGAUAUAUAGCACAGUAAAGUUGAUUUACUUAGGUUGAUAAAACUUAGAAAUACUGAUUUUAUUAAACCUGUCAUUUUCAAGUUGAGCCUAAAAAAAGAAAA